AUGGAUGCUCUACCUGUUUCAGAACUUACCGGAUUGGAGUACGCUAGUUCCAAGCAGGCUAAGGAUAUGGAUGGAAACUUGCAAAGUGUGAUGCACGCGUGCGGCCACGAUGUACACGUGGUAUCUUUACUCAUAGCGGCAGAAACACUUCUUCAUGCUAGGAAAUCAUGGACUGGCACAAUAGUGUUCCUGUUUCAACCCGCAGAAGAGGCUGGUGACGGGGCUUCUGGCAUGGUCAGGGAUGGAUUAUACGAUCCAGAUCGUCACCGUUGUCCAAUUCCCGAUAUAGUACUAGGCCAACACGUUGGACCCAUUCCGGCCGGUGUAGUGGCCUCGAAAGCAGGCACUGUGAUGAAUUCGUCAGAUUCAUUCUUUGUCACCAUCUUUGGGCGUGGUGGCCAUGGCAGUAUGCCUCAUCGAUGCAUUGAUCCAGUUGUGAUCGCGGCGCACAUUAUCGUACGACUUCAGACAGUUGUAAGUAGGGAAACUCCUCCAGACGACACUGCAGUUAUCACUGUUGGAUCUAUUCAUGCAGGCGAGAAAGAGAACGUUAUUCCAGACCGAGCCUUGCUCAAAAUCAACAUUCGUGCCAGUGUGGAAAAGGUUCGAAAACAACUACUCGAUGCUGUGCACAGGAUCAUUGUGGCGGAAUGUUCUGAAGGAAAUUGCGAAAAGCCGCCAACGAUCGAACACACAUUAAGUCUACCGGUGACUUAUAAUGAGCCUUCGAUCCAUGCACGAUUGAAACCGGGACUCAAAGAAUAUUUUGGCGACAAGUUCCUGGAUGGGGAAAAGGGCGCUCUGGCGAGUGAGGACGUCAGCAUCUUAGCGACUUCCGUUGACCGGCCAUACUAUUUUUGGUUUUUUGGAGGGAUGGACGAGACGAAGUGGAACAAAUUUGCCACGGCUGGUCAGCUGGAUAAAAUUCCUGUUAAUCACAGCCCAUACUUCGCUCCGGCAAUUCGUCCAACUCUUCAAACAGGCGGCGAUGGAUUGGCGGUUGCGACCCUGACUUAUCUACUCCAGAAACCGGACAAGUAG